GAGUCGCAGAACAAAGCCGUCGACGGCUUGCGCCUAAGGAUAUCUAUACCGGUAGACCUCCGACAACAGCGACGAUCCUCCCGGGCGUCAAACACAGAGCCUCCGAGUAAGUUCAAGUGUCCGUCGUACACUGCACGGCUCUGGGAGCACACAGCCUCCGGGUGGCAAGAGACGCAUCAUUUCUGUGCCGGGCUCGAAGUGGACUUGAAGAAAGACGCGGCGACAUGCGAAGACCUGUCUGAGAAUAACACGGAGCGCGAGGUGCACUUGCCCUCCACCUCGCUGACAGCUCUGACGCAACUCCAGGACUCGUUGAAGACUCCUGCCGGCCUUCUCUUGGACAUCGCGGACUGCGGCGAGUUCAAGUUCUCGGAGCUCUUCACGAAGAUGCUGGCAGAGCUGGGUGGCACAAUGGCUGGCAGCAUUUUGCAAGAGGUGGAGCUGCUCCUGCACGACCAUCCCUAUGUCACCCAGGAGCUGAAGCGUAGAAGCAUCUCCUGUUAUCCGUGCCUGCGACCGCUCCAGUUCUGGCAGGAGCGCACACCGUCCAAGGACGACGCAGUGGGUGAGGCCAUCGAGGUCUUUGUUUGCUCUGCAAGUGGGGAGAGCCAGGAGCAGCCCUCCCUGGCCUUGGCGCGGCUCUCCAAGAAGGAGACGAUGGUCUGCUUCGAAGACGACGAGGGGGGGGGCGAGAUCCGCUUCGCAGCAGUGGUGAUUUGUGAUCGCACCUCCGCGACACAGGGCCAGGCCCUCGCGCGCCUGAUUGCUACGACCUUCAUGGAUGAGGAGUUCGUGUCGGUGGCACGGUCCGCCCCGAGGUCUCCACUCAUCCUGGGAGCGUUAGAUGCCCACCUGGCGCAGCUUACCAUCGCCGGUCCCGACGGUGAAGCUGAACAAGGCGGCCAAACGCGCGUCGGGAACCCACAGCCCAAGAGGAGAUUACUUGCUCUCCCACUCCCUGGUGUCGGGCAUCCAGAGAAGGAUGAGUCCGGGCCCCCGGCCGUCGGAAACUUGCUCCGGCAAACCUGCAAGCGCAGGAAGCCAGGCUGGGGCCCCGGGCGCAACUCCGAUGCCUCGAAAGAGUCCAUCGACGAGGUGGCGCCUCCCACCAGCUACUUCAUCGAGGUCGAUCGGAAGGAGGAGGACGAAGAGGAGUGGAAGAUGGAGCGCUGCCUGAGACAAGGACUCGAAGUCGAUCUCUUCGUGAAGGCUGAUACGCCCCACUUACCGAAGGUGAGUUGCCAUGGCUUGCAGCUGGUAAAGAGGUGUGUCGUCCAAGACUCCGUGGCGAUCGACGUGAUUGCAAGCAAUCCAGGCACUGCCAUUGAUGCCGUGCUCGAGCGGCUCACCAUGUCGGGCUUGCCGGAAGCCGCAGCUGGGCAGGUCACCAAGGCUCUGCUGACCCGAGCCAGGGAUGGAGUCCAGAAGGACUCCCAGGCCAGGCCAGCGCUAGUGGACCCCGCACAGGGUGACGAGGCGUGCUUGGUCCUGACGCUCUUGAACGACCAGAUACCUGCGAGCAGCAGUAUCUGUGCGGCCUUUGUGCGCUUGAAGGUUGCCUUGCCCAUGAAUUUCGCGGCGAACACCCCUGUGAGAUUCUUGAUUGCGCUGGCGUGCCACAGUGACCGGGAGAAUGACUUGACGGAGGUCAGCGAGAGCUUAGCGGCCCUUGCAGUUGACGAGGACUUGAUCCUCAAGAUGGCCCGGGCAAAGGAUGCCUCCGCCUUCGUGGCGGCCUUCGACAGCAGACUGGGGGAGAUCGUGCUGUUGCCCCACGCGCACGUGCACUCUCGGCGGAACUUCGAAGAUGACGUCCUGCUCUCACCGAAGGGCGCGGUGCCGCAGUCACCGAAGUCGGUGCGGAUGAAGCGACGGCCCUCCAUGGACGAGGCGGGCAACGUCAUCACCAGCGUGAAGAGCGACGUGGGCUUCGACCACAUGCACAAGCACGGCCCGGGCGACGACACGGAAGAGCUGCCCUCGCUGCAAAAACACGUCUGGCGGGCCGUGGGCGUGCUGCAGAAGUAUGCGCUGCCGCUCGUCACCGGCGUGAUCGUUGCAAUGGUCUGGAAGAACACUGCCGAGGACUCCUACUGGACGGUGACGCAUGAUCCCAUCAUCCCCGGCUGGCAAAUUCUCGGCCACGACGCGAGUUUGCACUUCCUGAUCAACGACAUCUUCAUGUGCUUCUUCUUUGGCCUGGCCAUCAAAGAGGUGACGGAGGCGCUUCUCCCGGGCGGCUCCUUGAGCCCGCUUCGGCGGGCGACGAACCCAUUGAUGGCCACCCUCGGUGGCGUCUUGGGCCCGGUAGCCACCUACGUGGUGUGCGUCCUCAUCUUCGACAGCUUUGGCUCCUUCAAUGGCAUGCAGUGCCAGCAUCCUGCCAGUGAUGUUGCAGACGCCUCGCACCGUCGCCUUGCGGGCUCCGAUGCCGAGGUGCCAAUGGUCACCGUCGACUGUACCCUCGCAGACAUCGUCAAUGGCUGGGGAGUUCCCACGGCCACGGAUAUUUCCCUGGCCUGGAUGUUUGCAAUCUUGAUCUUCGGUGCCGGCCACCCUGCGAUCAACUAUCUCUUGCUGCUUGCGAUCGCGGACGAUGCGCUUGGCAUGGCGAUUAUCGCCAUCGCGUACCCCAACCCAGCACACCCGGUGGAGCCGGUGUGGCUACUGCUGGUGGUGGUCGGGGCAGUUGUCGCGUGCUUUCUGCGAAUGGCAAAGGUGCGCUUCUGGUCUGCCUACGUCUUCAUCGCCGGGCCCAUCGCCUGGUUGGGCUUGAUCCUGGCGCAGGUGCAUCCUGCCCUCGCACUAGUCUUCAUCGUACCCUUCAUGCCGGCGCACCACGCCCACGGCGGAGGGGAUGACCACGUGAGCCACGCAAAGAGCCAGGUGGCGAAGGUGCGGGACCUCAUUCCGCACAACAAGAGCGAAAUGCUGAUACGAGCAGCACAAGAGUUCAUGGCUCGUCAGAGCGCUCCACUGCAUGCUUUCGAGCACCACAUGAAGCUCUUCGUGGAUUUCGGGAUGUUCUUCUUCGGCCUGGCCAAUGCCGGGGUCAAAGUUGGAGGCCUCGGCUCGCUGACCUGGGCCACGGUCAUCGCCCUCAUCGCCGGGAAGACCCUCGGCAUCGUCUUCUUCUCCCUGUCCGCCCACUGCAUGGGCUUCCUUCUCCCCGUAGGCUUGACGGUCGUGGACCUCUUUGCAAUGUCGGCGCUCGGCGGGGUCGGGCUCACCGUCGCGCUCUUCGUCUCCAACGAGGCCUUCACGGACAAGGGCCUCCAGAGUCAGGCGAAGAUGGGCGCACUGUUGUCCGUGGCCUCAGCGCUGGUGGCCUUCCUCUUCAAGUUUUGUGGCGACCGGGUCUUCCACCGGCGCAAGCCGUGCCAGGAGGAGCCGACCGAGACCAACGUUGAGGUCGUCUACUCCGACGACGAGGUGGAGGCAGACGAGUGGCUGGACGUAGUCGCCAUGAACGACAUCAUGCAGGUGCUGUGGACCCAGCGCAAGUACCAGUCCCGUGGCACCGCGCUGCCCAUCCGGAAGCUCGUGCGGACGGUCAGCAAGAACAGCACCGCGUGGAACAGGAUGGAGUUGGAAGGCCGGAGCAGCGCAUGGGGUCGGAUGACGACCCCCGGCAGCAAGGAUGGCCGAGAAGAGCUCCAAGCCAGGAGCUCCAAGACCUCCCACGACGAGGCCACCCGGGCCGGCAGCAAGGAAUGA